UACCUGGAACAUGUGUGCUGAUAUGGUGGGCACCUUCACUGAGACAGAGGACCCUGCCAAGUUUAAAAUGAAAUAUUGGGGUGUGGCCUCGUACCUCCAGAAAGGAAAUGAUGAUCACUGGGUGGUGGCCACGGAUUAUGAUACGUAUGCUCUGCACUACUCGUGCCGUAACGUUACCGAAGAUGGGACUUGCGGUGACAGCUACUCGUUCUUGUUUUCCCGGACCCCAGAUGGCCUAACGCCAGAAGCGCAAAAAAUUGUCAGGCAAAAGCAGGUGGAAAUCUGCCUAGACAAACAGUACAGGCGCAUUGUACACGAUGGUAAGGAAUAUUUUAUUAGGACUUUACAGGAAAUCUGGCCCAGGGUGGGAUAGAUUGGGAACAAGAAA